AACGCACGUCCCCCUCCUCGUCUAUUUCCGGUGUGGAAGCCCCAGUAAAGUGCCCCUAAACUCCCGAAGAAGAGCGUUGUUUCAUUCAUUCGCAGCUCACAGACCGCGCGGCUUCACACGCUUCGGACGCCUUCCCGACCGAUCCUUUUAAAAGGCAGCUUUCCCGUAAAGCAGAAUGAGUGAUUCUGGCAAGGACACCGUGGCUACUAAAGAGAAAGACGGAGCAGAGAAGAGAGGACGUGGAAGACCACGGAAACACCCACAGCAGCAGGAGGCCAGUGGAUCUCCCACACCGAAAAGACCUAGAGGAAGACCAAAGGGCAGCAAGAACAAGCCCAGCUCCACUGCAUCUCGGGGCAAAAAAACAGCAACGGCUUCUGCACCUGCAGGGACGAAACGCAGAGGACGGCCCAAGAAAGCAGAGAAGGAGGAGCAGCCAUCGAAGUCCUCAGAGGAAGAGGAGGAGGAGGAAGAGGAACAGUAACUAGCAAUGCGUGCUACCUCACAAUCCAACAUUAUUUCUUCCUGUUGACCAGAGCUGGACUGACCCUCCCCACCCCCUCUUCCCCUUACACUAGUGCCACCCUCGUCCUCCAAUUCCCCUUUACUCUCUAGCACCCCCUAGUGUCAGGGAGGCUUGCACACUUCAUGCGCCUUCUCUGUGUAACACCACUGGAAAAAGACUCAAAAUACUGUAUGUCCAUUCAUGGAUGCAUGCACACGUGUAUGUCUCGCACUCAAUGGGUAAUUGGUCGAUAGUGUCUGUCAUUAUACUGGACAAAGAUAUGCUCUGAUGGCGGCUUGACACAAAGCGAUCCGCUAAAUACUGAAGUUUUCUUUUCGCAAACAACAGUUUCAGGCUUUGAGAAUUCAAGUUUAUUUUUACAAGUCUAAAUCUAAAAUAUGGUAGGUUGUGAAAUUCAUGUCGUUGUGUUCUGGACAAAGGUGAAUUGACCUACUCGAUGUUUUUACUUGGGUUGUGUGUGUGUGUGGUAACUCGAUGUCUCCAGUUAUACUUUUUUUAGCUAAUCCGUGAUUUGAGCUAGAAAUAAAAUGAACUUUCUCUUUUUUUUUUUUUUUUUUUUUUUUGAAUGAGCAUAAUCUAGAGGACUUUUAACUUGUAAUCAACAUAUCAUUGAAUGCUCUUGUGUGCAAACUUCGACUUUCUUAUUUUUUUUAAAAAAUCCCUCCGCCGACUCGCCACCAUCGUGAUUUCACUGUUUCCAUCGAUUAAAUUUACUGGCACGUGAAAACUAAGUAGUCAAUUUAAGUCUGUUUUCCGUGUAGUUGGGUUUCCUGGAUGUGCUGAGGAACCGUUUGCUCGUCUGGUCUGUUUGAAAUGUUUUUGGAGGAAAAUUGGUUUUAAUUGCGGAAAUGUCUAAAUAUUUCACUACCAACUGAUUCUUGCUACAUAAAAAAAAAAGGCACCGCAAAUGAUUAGACCUCAGCAGUGCUUUUAAUUGUAUCGGCCCCAAAUCCGUUAAUAACACAUGCAAACAUUUUAAUCUUUAUUUUAUUUUUUCUUCUUAACUAGAGAAUGUUAAUCAUUCCAUUCGCUCGCCAAUUCUGUGAACUACCCCGCCGUGUCACUACUUCUGUCCCAUUACAGUCCACUCAGACAACCUGCGCUUGGUGUUUUUUGGGUUUUGGUUUGGUUUUCUUCUUGGGUUUUUUUUUCGUUUUUAUUUUCUCUUUUGACGUGUUAAAUUCCAUGUCAGGGAACGCUGAUCGGUCCAGUGACUGGGUCUCCUCUCAGAACUUAAUGCUGCUACAAACAUGGUUAUUAAACCCGGAAUACUGCAACCAGGUCAGUUCUACUCUGGACUUGACCGUCACGUUCAUACCUCACUUUACAACAGCCUAUGACGGAUUACUCUGCUCUCUUCUGACGAUGUUCAACUGGUCUCAGUGCAGCCUUUGGCAAGCGUGUUUGUUUCUGAUCCAUUUACAGCUGUCUCCGGUGUGGCUUUUUGUUGCAUUUUCAGUUUGUUUAAAACUGUUUUUGCUUUCAGCAGUGUGCAUCAAUGAACAGAAACUUUAUUAUUUUCUUUAUAUACAUUUAGACAAACCACAGGAAUGACUGCAUUGAGUCAGAUAGAUGCACAACGUGUUCACAGACUGUGGUAGAGAUAUAGGUUUGUGUGUUUUUAGUUUAUUUUUCUAUACAUAUUUGUGUGGUGCACUGAAUUGACUUUGAUUUAUUUCAUGGACAAAAUGAUUUAGUGUGGCACCUGAAGGUUAGGGCUUUUUCCCCCUCUCUUUGUAAUAAACUACAUCCUGCUAGUUGCUUAGCUCUGAGCCCCCAUUUGGUAGAUCAUGAUGGUACUAUGGCUGUUUGACGCAGUGGUUUUUAACAUGCCCCUCCAUAUACUGAUGUCUUGUUUUCAUGUCCCCGUGCACAACUGGUUUGGGAUCAGUCUUUGCAAUGUAUGCACUCUGCAUUUUCUAUUGUGGACUGCAGGAAUUUAUAUUCAAAAUGUUAAUAAAGUUUAGAAUUCGUACA